UGUAAAUUGGUUUAUUUUCAUUUCUUUUCAAUAAUGUGUGGACAAGAGAAUAAAAAAAUGAGUGUUCAGGAUAAAGUGGAAAUAUUAACGCAAGAGUGUCUUCAACUACGUCGAGAGCUUGAUGCAACACGUGAUUCUAAAGAGAAGGAAAAAUUAGUUUUAAAACAUAUUAAGGAAUGGGCCAACGCUGAGAAUUGUGUCAACGACUUCCAAAAAGGCUUAGAAUGGUUCAACGUCUCUGAAGAACUGUCAAUCACUCAACAUCUUACCGGCAAAGUUGUUGCUCUUGAUUUCUUCACUUACUGUUGCAUCAAUUGUAUGCAUAUUCUUCCUGAUCUUGAUGCACUGGAGAAAAAGUUUUCUGUACAAGAUGGACUUGUUGUUAUUGGAGUCCAUUCUGCAAAAUUUUCUAAUGAAAAAGACUCGCAAAACAUUUUAUCCGCUGUUCAACGAUACAACAUUUCACACCCCGUUGUUAAUGAUGCUAAAUUGUCCAUGUGGAGAGAUAUUGGGAUAAGUUGUUGGCCUAGUCUCGUAAUUUUAGGGCCAAAAGCUCAACCGCUUGUUGUCCUCGUUGGUGAAGGUCAUCGCGAAGAGCUUUUUUUAUACACUAAAGUUGCACUGUCCUACUUCAAAUCACUCGACCAAAUAUCAAAGCAUGACCUUCCAUUAAAACCAGCUCAACACUUACUACCCAUAUCAAGAGAUGUUCUUCUGUUCCCUGGAAAAGUUACAACUUUUGGAGAAUCCUAUGGUGAAAGAAUUGUCGUUUCAGAUACAGGCAACAAUAGAAUUUUGGUCAUGAAAUAUGAUGGAAGUGUUGAGGAUGUUAUAGGUGGAUAUUCACCAGGAUUUAAAGAUGGUAACUAUAAUGAAGCAAGAUUCAACGCUCCUCAAGGUGUAUGUGUUCUAGAAGACUCUAUUUAUGUCGCUGAUACUGAGAAUCAUGCCAUAAGACAAAUUAACAUGAAGAACAAAACUGUAAAUACCAUAGCAGGAAAUGGAAAACAAGGGCACGAUUAUGUAGGUGGGAAAGUUGGCAAAGAACAAAUUCUUUCGUCACCUUGGGACGUUGCUAUUUAUAACCACGAGCAGAAGGGAUCAACCGUUCCAGUUCUCUUAAUAGCUAUAGCUGGUAUACAUCAAAUAUGGGCAUUAUUUCUUAAAGACACCAUUUGGUGGAAAAAUAAGGAGUAUAAAGCCAAUACAUGUGCAGCAAUUGUGGGUAGUGGCAAAGAAGAAAACAGGAAUAAUUCUUACCCUCAUGCUGCUGGUCUUGCACAACCAUCCGGUCUUGCGGUUGCGCAAAAUCAUAAAGCCAUAUUUUUUGCUGACAGCGAGAGCAGCUCAAUCAGACGAGUCCAUCUAAAUGAUGGUAAAGUUUCCGCAGUAGCUGGCGCUGAUAAAAAUCCAAUGAAUUUGCACAAUUUUGGAGAUGUUGAUGGAAUCCAGUUUUCAGCUAAACUUCAACAUCCCCUAGGAGUCGCUUGGGAUGAUGCAGAAAAUGUUUUAUACGUUGCUGAUACUUAUAAUCAUAAAAUAAAACGUUUAGAUCCAUCCGGAAACUGUGAGACUUUAUACGGUGCUGGAAAACCAACUAAAGAUCACCAGUUCAAUGAACCAAGUGGCCUAGCUGUCUCACAACGACAAAAUGUCAUUAUCAUUGCCGAUACCAACAAUCAUUGCAUCAAAGUUAUCAAGAAGAGUAAUCAUUCGAUAACAACGAUACCUGUGAAGCUGCCAAAAGAUAUUGGACGACCUGCAGAAAAAGUACUCAAAUUCUCUACAGAAAUAAGUACACAACAAAGUGAAUUAACAAUUUCUUUCACUCCUAAAUUUAAUGCUGACCUAAAAUUUACACCAGAAGCUCCUCAAAAAUGGUCUCUUGAUAAAUUACCAAUGUCUUGGAUGGCUGAAGCCAAGUCAGGAUCCAUAGAAACACCAAUUAUCAUAAAACUUCCUCAAGGAACGGAAACAACUGAUAAAAUUAGUGCAAUUUUAAAUUUAAUUGUGUGCAAAACUAAUGAAUGUAUACCAAAAAAACUUCAAGUUAUUUUCAACGUUAAGCGAAAAGCUGAUGCUCCAACUGAAGUAAAAGAAUGUGAAGAAAUAGAAAUAAAAUAAUUUUUUGAUAACAACAAUUUUUUGUAACACGUACUUAGAGAAUAAAAACAGAUAGUUUAUUAAUCCUGUUUAUAAGAAAAAAUUUUAAUUUUAUACUAUCGCAAUAAACUAUUAUUUACUAACUA